CCGGAUCUGGCGCCGCUAGGGGGCGCUAGUGACGUCACGUGACGCUGUGCGCCGCGCAGGAAGGGGCGGAGCUUCGGUGCAGCUGAGCGACGUGUUCUAAUCACACUGUUAGCAGUUCAUUCAUCGCUCGAGACAUGGUGUUAUUAGAAAACGACGCGUUUCUAACUGAACUCACUCGGCUGUUCCAGAAGUGCAGGACCACCGGCAGCGUCGUCAUCACUUUAAAGAAAUAUGACGGCAGAACGAAGCCGGUUCCCAGAAAAGGCCAUCCAGAGACGUUUGAACCGGCCGACAACAAAUGUCUCAUCAGAGCGUCAGAAGGCAAGACCAAAAUCAGCACAGUGGUCAGCACCAAAGAAGUAAUAAAGUUUCAAAUGGCGUAUUCAAACUUGUUGCGAGCGCACAUGGACGGCUUGAAAAAGAAAGACAAAAAGAAUAAAAGCAAGAAAACUAAAGCCACAUAGUGAUGGACAGUAAAGGAGAGGCGUGUACGUCUGAUCCGACACUCACCAGUGCCACACCACCUUCCCAUCAGCCCCUGCGGCGGGCGGCUCUGAAGGCACAUCUGAAAACCUGCCAACCUUCCACUUCUGCUCAUCCACAACCAACCGAACCGAGCGGCCUGAUGACGCAGAGCUUCGUUUACUACUGCAUACUAGGUUUAAUGAGCGUUUCUGAGUUCUUUAGGUGAAGAUGAGAUGCGCUGGAAUCCAUCAGUUUAUAUUCCAAGCCAUAUUUUGAUUUAGAAAACAGUGUUUUAUAUGGUGAGUGAACAUUACGGUCAGUAACUUUCUCCUCCUGGUGUAAUAAUAUCGUUAUUUCAGUGCUCCACUGCUUGUUUUUAUUUUGAAUAUUUUUCUCUUUUUUUUUUUUGAACGAGAUAUUAAGUUUGAAAGACGCCCCUGAUUGUUGCAAGUUUUCGAGGUCUAACAGUGGAGUUUUUCUAAAGCGUUUCUUAUUUGACCACAGAACAAAACCACCCUUGUAGAUUUGCAAAUAAAGAGAACAUUUAUUCACUGGUUUGAUCAUGAGAAAAUCCCAAAGACGUUUAGACUGAGAAUCACGAUCUUGUACAGAUGACAUCUUCAGUAGAGACAUGAAGCUUGUGUACUGUAAAAAACAAAACGUUGAAAUAAAUACAGUAUGUACACGUCAGGUCUGUGAAAUUAAA